CGCGAUUUACAAUCUCCACUCUUCUUUCUCCAACCAAAAUGGCUGCUUCUUCUAUGAGAUUUAUCUUCAUUAUCCUCACGUUUGUGACUGUUGGAAUGAUUUUCGGAGCUUUGCUUCAGUUGGCAUUUAUUAGAAGGUUGGAGGAGUCAUCUGGGGCCAACUCUUCUUUGACAAGAAUUCAACAUCUGAAUGGAGGUAUUUCAUUUUGGGAUGAUAAAGAAGCUUCAGUUUUGCGUCUUGGAUAUGUAAAACCUGAAGUUGUUAGCUGGUCACCACGUAUUAUUGUGUUUCAUAACUUCUUAAGUGCCGAGGAGUGUGAUUACCUCAGAGCCAUUUCCAAACCUCGUCUAGAGGUUUCUACUGUAGUGGAUGCAAGAACUGGAAAGGGUAUAAAGAGUAAAGUUAGGACAAGCUCUGGAAUGUUUCUAACAGCUGAAGAAAGGAAGUAUCCAAUGAUACAGGUGACAUGAAAUUUUGUUAGUUACUACUCCCUCUGUCCCACAUUUUAAUUUGAAGGCUAACAUCUGCAGAAGCACAGGUAUGAAAAGAAUCAGUUUUACAGGCCACACCAUGACUAUUUCUCUGAUACAUUCAAUUUGAAGUACGGUGGUCAAAGAGUGGCAACCAUACUCAUGUAUCUAAGCGACAAUGUUGAGGGGGGAGAAACAUACUUCCCAAAGGCUGGAUCUGGUGAGUGUAGCUGCGGGGGGAAGAUGGCCAAAGGAUUGUGUGUGAAGCCGAAUAAGGGAGAUGCUGUGCUAUUCUGGAGCAUGGGUCUUGAUGGAAAAUCAGAUCCAAACAGCUUACAUGGUGGAUGUGAAGUACUAUCAGGAGAGAAGUGGUCAGCCACAAAAUGGAUGAGACAAAGCGCUACUAUCUAAAAUUAUGAGCAUGAGUUGAGUAGGUACACAAGCCAUGAUAAGUGGAUACUGUAAACAUGUAACAAAUGAAAAAUUGCUGAGAGACAGAAGGGUUUUUAAUUGCUUGACAACUCUUCUCCUUUGUGUGCAAGAUUGUUGCCUCGGAGGAAAGGGGAUUUUUGUUUGUUUGAGUGGUUUUCUACGUUUUUUCCCUUUCUUGUAUUUUUAUAGGUGUGUGUGUGUGUGUAGAGGGGGGGUGUAAACAUAUGAUUGUGUAUGAUUUGUGUUAAGUUACUAAUAUUCUUAUACUCCUAUUUAAGAAAGUUUUAAGAAAAGCAA